AUGGCUCUCAAACAGCCCAUCAAGACGACGACCAACGCGCCGCCCGCUGCGGAACAACGCGCUCAACUGCACCUUCCUGACCCAAGCACCUUCGACUUGCUUCCGAAACUUCACGAGCUCCUCGCACGCGUCGAUGCCCACCAGAAUGCAAACUCACUUCAGACCGACGACCUCAGUCUCCAGGACGCAGAACACACCGACAUCGCGACUGCCUACGAUCGCGUGCCGGAGUUUCAGCCGCUGAACGCCAAAGACCUUCCUACUGCACUUCUCGGAUACUCGAAGAAGGGCUCCAAGAUAGACGAUAAGGAUGUCUUCGUCAAGGGCAUAAAAGACGAUGUCAGGGACGCGGUAAGGAGUGUGGAGAGACUGCCUGACGUGGACAGGACGGUUGAGGAGCAGGAGGAAGAGAUUGAGGAAUUGGAGGAGAGAAUCAGGCAGCAGAGGCAGUUGCUGCAUAGCUUGGCUGGUAUUGCGAAGGAGCUAGAGGGGCGAGUGCAGGGCGCCAGCUGA